AAUUAAGUUGUGUGGAUUGGGCCCGUCCGAAAACAUUUGGUCCUUGACCACACAUUUCACAAUACCUAGAGAGCACCAGAGGAAUGGAAACACUUUUACCUGUAAAGUUCAUUGGUCCUUCAAAUCCUGGACAUCCAAACCUACUGGAAACAUUUUUGGCGAUCCUACCAUGGAGCUUGCUGUUGUUCCCAGUGUGGGUCGAUCUAGUUCAGACUCACAGAAGCUGCUGUGCUCUGCGACAGGAUUCAACCCAAAAAUCAAGUGGCUUUCAGAAUCUAUGGAGAAACCUGGCAGCGCUUUACACCCUACAAUGAUGGAAGAUGGACUUGUGAAAGAAUUCAGUGAGAUAUCGGUGCCACAGCAAGAGUGGAAUCAAGGGUUCACUUACACCUGUCACACUGAUAACGGACACAGUGGGGAAACUGCUGAGAAAAGCACCAGUAUUUGCACAGCACAAUCAUUGUCCAAACCUUCAGUCCAAAUAAAGAGAUCUCAUCUCAGAGACGUUAUACAGGAGAAUAAGGUCACAAUUUCCUGUGUUGUUGAAGCACCAGACAACACUAAAGUGUCAUGGUUAACAGACAGUGUAAGUAAAAGAGCCACCAAAGAAGUCAAAGACCUGUCCAAUAACAUUGUGAGCAACUUGACUUUGUCCAGAAAUGAUUGGUUGACCCUUAAGUCUGUUGUUUGUUCUGCUAAACAUCCAUGUUUCCCAGAAGAGAAGGUUGAAAUUCAAACUGAUGAUAUAAAGAAAGAUCCUGUAGUCGUGAUCAGGAGGCCUUUCGUGAAAUCAGUGCAGACAGCCAGUGCUGUGCUGGAGUGUGUUGUAAAUGGUCUCCCCUCUGGUGAGGUCUGCAUCAUCUUCCAGGCUAAUAAUGUUGAUAUCUCAGAAUUAAGUUGUGUGGAUUGGGCCCCGUCCGAAAACAUUUGGUCCUUGACCACACAUUUCACAAUACCUAGAGAGCACCAGAGGAAUGGAAACACUUUUACCUGUAAAGUUCAUUGGUCCUUCAAAUCCUGGACAUCCAAACCUACUGGAAACAUUUUUGGCGAUCCUACCAUGGAGCUUGCUGUUGUUCCCAGUGUGGGUCGAUCUAGUUCAGACUCACAGAAGCUGCUGUGCUCUGCGACAGGAUUCAACCCAAAAAUCAAGUGGCUUUCAGAAUCUAUGGAGAAACCUGGCAGCGAUUUAGACCCUACAAUGAUGGAAGAUGGACGUGUGAAAGUGUACAGUGAGAUAUCGGUGCCACAGCAAGAGUGGAAUCAAGGGUUCACUUACACCUGUCACACUGAUAACGGACACAGUGGGGAAACUGCUGAGAAAAGCACCAAUAUUUGCACAGCACAAUCAUUGUCCAAACCUUCAGUCCAAAUAAAGAAAUCUCAUCUCAGAGACAUUAUACAGGAGAAUAAGGUCACAAUUUCCUGUGUUGUUGAAGCACCAGACAACACUGAAGUGUCAUGGUUAACAGACAGUGUAAGUAAAGAGCCACCAGAAGUCAAAGACCUGUCCAAUAACAUUGUGAGCAACUUGACUUUGUCCAGAAAUGAUUGGUUGACCCUUAAGUCUGUUGUUUGUUCCGCUAAACAUCCAUGUUUCCCAGAAGAGAAGGUUGAAAUUCAAACUGAUGAUAUAAAGACAGAUCCUGUAGUCGUGAUCAGGAGGCCUUUCGUGAAAUCAAUGCAGACAGCCAGUGCUGUGCUGGAGUGUGUUGUAAAUGGUCUCCCCUCUGGUGAGGUCUGCAUCAUCUUCCAGGCUAAUAAUGUUGAUAUCUCAGAAUUAAGUUGUGUGGAUUGGGCCCCGUCCGAAAACAUUUGGUCCUUGACCACACAUUUCACAAUACCUAGAGAGCACCAGAGGAAUGGAAACACUUUUACCUGUAAAGUUCAUUGGUCCUUCAAAUCCUGGACAUCCAAACCUACUGGAAACAUUUUUGGCGAUCCUACCAUGGAGCUUGUUGUUCCCAGUGUGGGUCGAUCUAGUUCAGACUCACAGAAGCUGCUGUGCUCUGCGACAGGAUUCAACCCAAAAAUCAAGUGGCUUUCAGAAUCUAUGGAGAAACCUGGCAGCGAUUUAGACCCUACAAUGAUGGAAGAUGGACGUGUGAAAGCGUACAGUGAGAUAUCGGUGCCACAGCAAGAGUGGAAUCAAGGGUUCACUUACACCUGUCACACUGAUAACGGACACAGUGGGAGAACUGCUGAGAAAAGCACCAGUAUUUGCACAGUGAUUGCACCGUCCAGUCAGCGGGCAGAGGUCUACUUGGUGGGUCCAUCCCUCAUUAGUGUGAGAUCUGACACCUCUGUGAAUUUGAAAUGUGUGGUUGUUGGUCAGAGUAUUAAGUUAUUCUCCAUUCAAUGGAAAGGGAAUCGUAUCGUCCCCAAUCCAAAUGGCUAUGAACAAGAGCCUAGAGUUCAUGACAAUGGGACUCAAAGCAAAGAAGCUAUUUUGAAGGUUUUAGUUUCAGAUUGGAAUGCAUACGAUCUCUUUACCUGUGAGGUUAAGCAUCUGUGCUCAAAUUAUACACAGCAGAAGAGCAUCUCAAAAACCCGAGAUCCCAAACAACCCACUGUGAGAAUCCUCAGACCCUCAGACAGUGAUCUCUCUGGACUCCAAAAUGCCAACCUUCUUUGCUUGAUCACUGGUUUCUUCCCAUCUGAUAUCUCUGUGCAGUGGCUACUAAAUGGGACACAACUAGAUGUGUCUCAGUUCACUAACACUCCUGUGGCUGCUCACACUUCAGGAGGGUUUGCAAUGCAUAGUGCCCUAAUGCUGCCUGCAUCAGAGUGGAAGGAUGGCACGUUCUCGUGUGUUGUUUCUCAUGAGUCAUCCCAAACUCCAAUCACCGCCACUAUAGAGAACUUGUAUGCCUCGUUGAUUCGCUCUGCUCCAUCUGUAGAGCUGCUGCAGGGUACUAACACUGUGCCUGAGCUAGUGUGCCUGGUAUUUGGUUUCAGCCCACCUGCCAUCAACAUCACCUGGUGGCUAGGUAAGAAAGAGGUGUCUGCUCACAGGAUCACUAACCUUGCAAGAGGCCCUGAUGGAAAAUUUAGCAUCCGAAGUCACCUGGAUCUCCAACCUUCAGACUGGACACCUGGUGAGGUGUACACAUGCGAGGUUACUCAUGUUACUGGUAUCCUGUCACCUAACGUCUCAACGAAAACAGCAUUAUCUGAAGAGGCUAUAUUUAUGAAUGAGAACAAACCUGAAGCUAUUGCACAGGAUACAGUUGAAGAGGCCUGGAAUAUGGCCUGUGCCUUCCUCAUCCUCUUCCUCCUCUCUCUUCUCUAUGGGUGCACAGUGACUUUGGUCAAAGUCAAGCCUACAUGAGCAAUAUUUUGAGUGUGUUUAUGUUUUCUAGAUUCCUUUGCUUCUUUGUUGUUGUUUUGUUUAUGUCUUUUAAUUUACAUUACUUAGCAAAAAUGAUAUGGUAAAUAUCAGCUUUUGGCCUUGUGGCCAUUUAAAUAUGAAUAAAUAAAUGGUUUUAACACACCUUUUGUUAUUAUAUUAGCAAUGCACGUAAACAUCACAGAUUUGUCAUUUUGUCAUUUAAAAAAAAAAUUAUUCAUAAAUCUCA